AUGGAAAGAACUACUUAUAACCCGAAUGAUGACAUUAACAGUACUGGGAAUCAAAAUUUAUCUUAUCCUGAUACCAACUUGGCUACUCAUAUUGUCUUUUCUAUCUUGCUAUCUAUCAUUCUAAUUAUUGCUUUCUUGGGUAAUCUUUUUAUGCUUGCUACGCUCCGAAAAUGUCAUUCGUUAAGCAUCGUAUCUAAAUUACACGUUAGCAAUUUAGCUAGCGCUAACUUAAUAAAGGCUGGCACUAUUAUGCCUUUAAAUCUCUACACUAUUUUGCAACCUAAUCAUUCAUUUGGUCAUGCAGGGUGCGAAAUAAUUGGUGCCAUUAACAUGGUCUUAACUAUUGCUGCUAACAUGAGUCUAGCGGCUGUAGCUUUCGACCGUUAUUACGCUUCUCUUCGUGCCAUGAAGUAUGCAAGCAUAUUUACUAAACGCAAUGGUUGCUAUUCAGUAAUUACGAUUUGGAUGCUUGCUUUUUUGGUUGCCAGCUUGCCCCUGAUUCGAUUAACAAACGAUUCUAGUAAUGGUAAUAACUGUUUUUAUGAGUGGUCCAGUAAUCAAUCCAUCAGUCUAGUUAUACUGCUUGUUAUUAAUUCAGCAGCUUACUUAAUACCCUUGAUCAUCUUAAUAAUAUGUUAUCUUAAGAUAAAAGCUAACGUUAUUACAGCCAGGCAACAAUUGCGAAAAAUGAUGAAGCAGAAAGGUAGUUAUUCCACUUCGGAUCACCUUGAAUUAAGAUCCUCACAUAGCGAUCAACCAUAUUAUGUAUGUGAUGAUAAUGUAAUACCAUCUCAUCAAAUUUCGAAAUCAUCCAAGUCCCCCCAAAAUCAUGACAGUCCUAAUUUUUGGUCUAUAUUUUCGUCCGUAACCGCUCCAUUUCAUCGUCGUCGCCUCCGUCGAGGAAGUACCCGUUUGAAAGUAGACACUAGUGCUUCAGAUGAAGUUGUAGAUCAAAUUAAGAAAUCAUCAAAUAAUCAAAUGGUACUACCAGAAAGCAAUGUAUUCCCUGACGACAAUAAUAUCGAAAGGAGUAAAACCGAUACUCAAACUGAGCCUGAAUAUCAUCACGAUAAUACUUCAAUUGCUAAAGGUCGAGAUGAUAAUAAAACGCCGGUUUCGGUAGCAUCUACCACUAUUGCGUUAACAGACUUGAAAGAUAUGGCUCCAGUUUCACGUGCACGAUGCGUUACAGGUACUUCCAUGAUAUCGACAGCUAUAGAUAAUUUCGAAGGCAAAAACCAUCGAAAUAAUGGCCAACUUUGUACCGAAAAUGAAUCUCCUUCUUCAAAUAGAAAUAAGGCACCAACGCCCCGAUAUCGUUACAGAGCAAGAGCAUUUCGGCGAUCAAGAAUUCUGUUGGAUAGAUUAGCAUCAAUUCGCUCCAAAAAGCAUAUCUUAGUUAAUGUUAAAGUUUUAAGAGGCAACAUUAUCUCUAUGAUAAUUUGUUGGACGCCUUUUACUAUUAUUCUUACUGUCUCGGUUAUACUCAAUUCUAUGGCGAUAAUACCAGCUUGGAUAAAAACUAUUACUCUCCUAUUUACUUAUACCAAUGCUGCAUUGAAUCCAAUCAUUCAUACACCGAGAGUCAAACAUGCCAAAUUAAGUAAAUUAGCUAAUCAAUUUCAAACAAAAUAA